AUGCUUCUGAAUAAAGAAAAUGAUGCUCUUUAUUCUUGCCCUCCAGUUUGGGACUCGGCCAAUGCCCGGUUGUCAGCAUGUGCCAUGCAAUAUGUUUCUAUCAUUCCGGGUAUCAUAGUCUUGGUUAUUGGAUUGAGCCAUGCGCUCACCCGUUCCUCUUUGGUUCGGUGUCCGAAAUGGAUGCGGCCUUUUGUUGCUGAACAACCACCAGGUGCUGAGCUGCCAUCAGGGAGACCAAGACAACGAACGGGAUGGGUGAUUACCCUACUUGUCUUUUCCACGGUUGGAUUCGCUGCUGAGCUCACAAAAUUCGUGCCCUACGCGCCCACACCGAGCAAUAUCAUGCUCCUGGUAUCUUGGGCGGCUGCAAUUGUUCUGAUCGUUAUAGAACGCCCAAGGUCCUGUCCAGUAUCCAUGCUGUCCUUUUUUGCUGUAGAACUGACCGUGGAAACGGCGGUCGUACUAAACCAUGACGCUUAUGCAGUGUCGAGGGUUUAUGCUCAUUACAUUGCUGCUAGUGCUGCUGCUGCUGCCUGCGCAACUAUCUUAUUUAUGCCAUUUCGGGGACCUUCACUUCCCCGCAUUGAUAUUGGCGUCGUGGGUCAAUCACCAUCAAGCAAAUUUCGCAGCCCGGAGGACAAUCUACGACUCUGGCAAUUUCUUACUGUGUCUUGGAUGGCCCCGCUGAUGGCAGCCGGCAAGAACAGACAGUUAAAUGAUGAGGACGUUUGGUUCUUAGGUUUCGAGUUCCAACAUCGUAGACUGCAUGAAAGGUUUCGUCAGCUCCGUGGAUCUGUCAUAUCUAGACUACUUCAAGCAAAUGGUAUCGAUGUUAUGAUCAUUACCGGAAUCUCUACGGUGCAGAUGCUUUGCGACUUCGCAACUCCCGUGCUUCUGCAACAGCUUCUUAAGUCAAUGACGGACCCAGACGUGCCAAAACGUGUCGCUUUGACCUACGCGACGCUAUCACUAAUACUUCGUUUGGUUGCAGCGCAGUCCCAGGUAUUGAAUCUUUGGUAUGGUAGACGCUGCUACGAACGAAGCAGAGGUGAAAUGAUCAUGAUGGUGUAUGAGAAGGCAUUAUCAAGGAAGAAUAUCUUCGAUCAGCAAAUUACAGCAAGGGAAAGCCAAACUCAGAGCCAAGAGAGUGAUGACAGUAACGGUGAAGUGGCGCCCAAUACUAAACAGAGGAAGCUUUGCGGACUAUUUCCGCUGCGACGGGCCACUGGUAAAGAGAAAGUGAAGACCGCGGCUUCCAUGGGAAAGAUAUUCAAUUUACUACGUGGAGAUGUCUACGAAGUGGCCCAGCGGUUCUGGGAAGUUGAUACCUUGGUCGACAAACCCCUGGGUCUUGUCAUUGCCACAGUGCUCGUCUGGAAACUGCUUGGGCCCUCCUGCUUUCUUGGAAUCUCGGCUAUUUUGAUAGCUCAGGUCUUGAAUGUCUUCAUAACACGUAUGCUCCUUCGAUGGGAAAGAGUGCGCAGACUGGCGACAGAUACCAGACUCCAAAUAUCAUCCCAGUUUGUGGAGGCCCUUCGCCAUCUUCGUUGGUAUGGUUGGCAAAAUCAUUGGCUCCGUCAAGUUAUGGAUGCCAGGCAAUCCGAAUUGAACCUUCGCAUCGUGACUAGUCUUUUCAAUGUCCUAAUCCGCUUUGUCAAUACCUUCGCCAGUGGUCUGUUCCCUGUCGUGGCCUUGUAUGCCUAUACAUUGCUGGCUGGGAAUCCCCUACGUAUUGACAUUAUAUUUCCGGCGUUGCAGCUCUUCACUAUGCUAGAGCUUCGGCUAAGGGAAAUCCCAGGUCUAAUAACAGUGCUCAUCAAUGCAUCUAUCGCCAUGGAACGUAUAGAGGACUUUAUGGCUGAACCUGACAAGGAGAAACAGACAACAGUAGAAGCGCACACUGAAGCCCCACUCGUGUUAAAUUCUUGCUACUUUGCAUGGCCUGGCAGAACGUCACCUGUGCUCUCUGACAUCAAUUUGACAGUUGCUCGAGGGUUAACAGUCAUCUGCGGUAAGGUAGGUGCUGGAAAAACAGCACUUCUCCAAGCCUUACUUGGUGAAUUGGAUAGACUAAGUGGAGUUUCUGAGACCCCCAAUGAGAUGGUCGGAUAUUGUUCUCAAACGCCAUGGUUGCAGAGCAUGAGUAUCCGUGACAAUAUUCUGUUCUCCUCCGCGUACGAUGACCGUCGCUACAAGCAAGUUCUCGAGGCCUGUGCAUUACUUCCAGAUCUGGCUAAUUUCAAACAUGGCGACCUUUCAUUUGUGGGUGAGAAUGGCAUUGGCCUCUCGGGUGGACAGAAGGCACGUGUGGCUCUUGCACGGGCAGUCUAUAGUACUGCGAGAAUACUAUAUCUUGACGACCCUUUGUCCGCCCUGGAUCAUAAUACGGCAGAAACCAUAGUUCGCAGAUGCUUCUCUGGCCCGUUGAUGCAAAAUCGCACAGUUGUCCUUGUCACUCACCGCACCACUUUGGUACGCCAUAUUGCAGACCAAAUUGUUCACCUUCUUGAUGGCAGAGCUACCAUAGAAGAUAAGCAAGCCAUUUCCUCAACCCUUAGCAUCGAUGAUACAGACGAAUGCUCCUCAUCUCCAUCUACGGAUGAUGAAGCUCAGGAUGACGCAGCAGACAUGGAUGAUAAAGCCGCGGUGCCAGACAAGUUUAUUGAAGAGGAACACCGGGCUGAAUGGGGAGUAAAGGCCAAGGUCUACUGGAACUAUAUAAGAGCCGGAAAGUAUAAGUGGUGGCUGGUCCUUGCCAUCUUCAUAAUCAUGUAUCGUCUCGCCGCUGUUGGUCAAUCUUGGUUCCUCAAAGAGUGGGGCGAGGCUUAUAAUCACGACCAAACGCUUGUAUUAUUUGGUGCCUCGCCAUCUUACAAGAAGGUUUCUCCAGGAGGACUGGGAGAACCACUAGUCCUCCCACAGGUGCUCAAUUGGAAGCCAGGUAAUCCAUUUGACAAAUUUCCAGCGCCACUCCAUGACGUCCGACCAUGGCUUGUGGCAUUUUUUGUCAUUACAGUUUUCCAAUCACUCACUGUCCUAAUCUCACAGCUCAUGAUGAUUGUCAUAGUUUACUGCGCGGGUAAAACAAUGUUCCAGGAAGUCAUGCUGCGUGUCAGCCAUGCCACAUUCCGUUUCUUCGAUGUCACUCCUAUUGGGCGUUUGAUGAACCGGUUGACAUCUGACAUCGGUGUGGUCGACGGCAAUAUCAGCGAACAAUUCCAGAUAAUUAUCUUCCAGGCUAUUGUGUGGGUUUCAUCACUGCUAGUCAUUGCCUCAGUCACACCUACAUUUCUGGCUUUUUCAUUGGUUCUAACAGCCGCUUUUAUCUUUACCUUCCUGCGGUUCCUCCCAACGUCACAAAGCCUACGACGGCUGGAAAUGGUGUCGCUGAGUCCUCUUAUCUCGAAUUUUGGAGAGCUUUUGCAUGGUCUUACUACUGUCCGUGCAUUCCACGCGGAGUCACGCUUUCAGGAUAGGGUCAUCGCCGUUGUGGAUAAGUUUCAGGGAAUGGACCACUUCUACUGGUCACUGCAGAGUUGGCUGAUGUAUCGUUUCGAAGGCCUAUCUGCGCUUUCAACGUUCUGUCUUACUGCCAUUGCACUCUACACAAAUGUCACUCCUGGCCUGGCCGCCUUCGUGUUAAUUGCAGCGAAUAACUUUGUGGACUCUACACACGCAUUAUGCAAGCAGUAUGGCCAACUACAGAUGGACUUUGUCUCAGUGGAAAGGGUAGACGAGCUUCUCCAUAUCGAGCAAGAAUCUCCAGGAGCACUUGAGCCACCAGCCUCUUGGCCAAAAUUCGGGUCCGAUAUCGUCUUUGAAGAUGUUACGAUACGAUAUGCCCCUCAUCUGGAUCCAUCGCUGAACAAUAUCUCCCUCCGCAUCCCCGGGGGGUCCACGACGGCCGUCAUCGGCAGAACAGGGAGCGGGAAGUCUACCCUUGCAGUCUCACUUCUUAAUGUGAUUCGCGCAGAUGGCGGUCGCAUCCUAGUAGAUGACCACGACAUUGCGCAGGUGAGCACUCAAGCACUCCGGACACGCGUAACAUUUGUUGCGCAAGACCCCGUUCUUUUCCCGGGCAGCAUACGUCGUAACCUCGAUCCAACCGGCGAGUACACAGACGCGGAGUGUGCAGACGUCCUCAAACGCAUCUGCAGCAGACACGGCUGGAACUUAGAGACCCAUGUUGAAGCUGGGGGUCGGAACCUCAGCCAGGGCGAACGACAACUAAUUGGUCUGUCGAGGGCAGUUUUGCGCCGGAGCUCGAUUGUCAUACUCGAUGAGGCAACGGCGUCCAUUGACCACGAAAGUUCGUUGGAGAUUCAGCAAGUCCUCAGAGAGGAGAUGAAAGAGUCGACUGUCAUCACGAUUGCACACAGAUUGGAAGCCAUCAAGGAUGCGGACUACUAUGUUGUUCUAGAUCAGGGACGGGUAUCCAAACAGGGAUACGUGAAGGAUAUGUGA